AUGUUCUCAAAGUUGUUUCCUCGCCCAGCGUAUUCGCGUGAUUUCCAGAUGUUCCUCAUCCAUUCUGGUUACCGAGAGGUUCUUGGUCCAGACAUCUCAUUUUUUUGGUCUUCCCGGACCCUUCAUUACUUUGUGAGCACUGGAGACCGGCUGCUGGGUGCGGCUACGCCUACCAAAGUGGAUGCCAACAAACUCCACAUUGCACGUAAGGGAGGCCUUAUGGCCUCGCUUUAUACUGGCCACCAGGCUGACGAACAGCUCACCAUGGACCUAUGCCUUCAGAUUAAUAAGAAGCUACAGGAGGUCCUGGAGGAUACGCUAUUCAAAAAUAUGAUGUUAAAGUCUGAUCAGUAA